AUGACUGAAGAAAACCAUACCAUAAAGACUGAGUUUAUCCUCGAAGGAAUUACAGAGUUCACAGAGGUAAAGAUCCUCCUGUUUGUGGUGUUCCUUACCAUCUAUCUGGUCACAAUGGUGGGGAAUCUUGGGCUGGUGGUGUUGAUUUUCAUGGAGCGCCGCCUUCAUACCCCAAUGUACAUGCUUCUGGGCAACCUUGCUCUUGUGGAUUCUUGCUGUGCCUGUGCCAUUAUUCCUAAGAUGUUAGGGGACUUCUUUUCUGAGAAUAAAAUGGUUUCCCUCUAUGAAUGUAUGGCACAAUUUUAUUUUCUUUGCACCGUGGAAACUGCAGACUGCUUUCUCCUUGCAGCAAUGGCCUAUGAUCGUUAUGUGGCCAUCUGCAGCCCACUGCAGUACCACACCAUGAUGUCAAAGAAACUCUGUGCUCAGAUGACCACAGGAGCCUACAUAGCUGGAAACCUGCACUCCAUGAUUCAUGUGGGACUUCUACUUCGGUUAGCUUUCUGUGGGUCGAAUCACAUCAAACACUUUUAUUGUGACAUUCUCCCUUUAUAUAGACUCUCCUGUGUUGAUCCUUAUGUCAACGAAUUGGUACUAUUUGUCUUCUCUGGUUCCAUUCAAGUCUUCACCAUAGGCAGUGUCUUAACAUCUUAUCUCUAUAUUCUUGUUACUAUUUUCAAAAUGAAGUCUAAAGAGGGAAGGACCAAAGCCAUCUCUACAUGUGCAUCCCAUUUUUUGUCUGUUUCGUUAUUCUAUGGGUCUCUCUUCUUCAUGUACGUUAGACCAAAUUUACUCGAAGAAGGGGAUAGAGAUAUACCAGCUGCUAUUUUGUUUACAAUAGUAGUUCCCUUACUAAACCCUUUUAUUUAUAGCCUGAGAAAUAAGGAAGUAAUCGCUGUCUUGAAAAAAAUUGUGAUGGAAAAAACAUCUCAAGAAAGGAUGAAACAACUGGCAUCUACUGUAGCUUAA